AUGGGCGCUUAUAAUCCACCAGUAACUCCGGAACAAUUCAGCACAUCACAAAUGUGGAUUCAGAAUGGUCCCGAGGAACAGUUAAACAGUAUAGAGGCGGCAUGGGCCUUAAUCUCACCUUAUCGAUAUGAUUACGAGGCUUUCAGGUAUAUCCCAAACUCUUUGGCGAUAACAUUACCAGAAUUUUCGGCUAUUGGACAGCUGAUGGUUAUAAAAGUACAGGUUGCUUCAACAUCUUCUGCCCUGGUUUCGUUCAAGGAAAAAAUAUUCGAUUCCCGUGGAAGUAUAUCAGGCACGAGCAAGUGGUGGUUAUCGGUUGGUGGACAAGUGAUAGGGUACUGGCCGAAGGAGCUAUUUACUCAUCUAGCACAGAACGCUUCUAUCGUUAGAUAUGGUGGAAUAGCAGGGGCAGUAUCCGGAAGUCCUAGUCCUCCCAUGGGAAACGGACACUUCCCAGAAUACCAAGAUUAUGACCUUGCAAAGGCUGGUUUUAUGAGAGAAAUGAAGGUCUUUAACGAAGCAGGAGAGAUUGUUUACUUCGAUUAUACUAGAGCACUGAGGAAACUAGAUACUAAAAAAGAGACUUGUUACAAGCUUUACUACUACUCUUACAGUUCUUAG